CUCCGUGUGAGCUGGGCUGGAUGUCUAUUGAUUGGAAAACAACGGGCUGUGGGAGGACAGGACAGACAAGGGUGGCUGUGGGCUAACGGGUGAGGGACGGGAUACAGACCAAAGCUCAGACCACGCUGCCAUCUUUACUUCCCCCUCAUAUUUUUUCUCUCUCUUCCACACUGGAAUGAAUGUAACUGCUGCUGCUCAUCUGUCGCUGCGAAGGAAGGCACAGAUUCUCCUGGUCUAAGAAGAUCCUGCCUACACACCGCAGCCAUAACAAACAGCGGCUCGUCCACUGCAGGGCUCGGACAUUAACCGUACGGGGGACACCAUGGAAGCCCCUCUCGUGUGUUUGGAUGAGGAGUUUGAGGAUCUCCGGCCCUGUCAGAUGGAUGAGCUGGACCAUCCAGCACUGGAUCACUCCCCUUACUCCCCGCCCCCCACCACCACCACUGUUCCCCUGGCCCCCAUCACCCGGGAGGACUUCUCUGAGCUGGAGAACUUCUCUGAGAUGAUGAGCUUCAAGUCGAUGGAGGACCUGGUCAACGAGUUCGACGAGAAACUCAACGUCUGUUUCCACAAUUACAACACCAAGACGGAGGGUCUGGCGCCCAUACGCAACCAGUCACACAGCCAGGAGGAUGAGGAGCGACUGCAGGACGAAGAUGUGUGGGACGCUUUAACUGACAACUACAUCUCCACCUGGGACGGCCCUGACUCAGAGGGACUGAACGGCAAUCUGUCUGACCAGGAGAUCCACGAAAAAGAGGAGGAAGAGAUGAACGAGAAGAAUGACAACGCCAAAUGCCUGAAUGAGGAGCCUCUCAUCACAGCUGAUCAGGUGUGUGUCAUUGAGGAGAUAGUUGAGAUGAUGGAGAACUCUCCGGAUCCUGGCGAAACUGAGGAGGAGGAUGAGGAGGAGAGCAGCCACUGCUCCUCCAGGACUAGCCCCUCGUUGCUGGAGGAGAUCAGACAGCUGUCACAGGCCUCCAACAACAACUGCUCCUACGAAGGCCUGAGCCUGAUGCCCAGCUCAGCACUGGUGGAGCUGCUGCACCGGGUGGAGGCUGCCAUCCGCGAGUACUCAGAGGAGCUGGUCAGCCAGCUGGCCCGGCGCGACGAGCUGGAGUUUGAGAAAGAGGUAAAGAACACGUUCAUCACGGCCCUGAUGGAAGUGCAAAACAGGCAGAAGGAGCAACGGGAAAGCAGCAAACGCCGACGCCGGGACAAGGCCCUGAGCCUGCAGGGGGGUGGGACGCAACCUGUGAACGGAGGGAACACAGGCUCCAUGGCACGCACGGAGAAGACAGGGAGCAUGCCUGUCAAGCGUUUCAGCAUGGAGGGACUGUCCAGCAUCCUGCAGACAGGAAUCAGACAGACAUUUGGAAGCACAGGGAAUGAGAAACAGUAUCUAAACACAGUAAUUCCAUAUGAGAAGAAAAGCGACCCUCCAUCUGUUGAGGACCUGCAGAUGCUGACAAAAAUUCUUUAUGCCAUGAAGGAGGACAGUGAGAAGGUGCCUACACUGCUAACUGACUACAUAUUGAAAGUCUUGUGUCCUACCUAAAGCACCAGCAUGCCAGGGGCCACAACGUGAUGGAGACAUCUUCCCCCGAGGGCCUUUCCAACCCUCCUCGCCUCUGGCCCCAAGCUGCAUGACAUCCCCUGUUUUACCAUUAUCAACCAUGGAUCCUCACCAUCGACAUUAUCGUAUUCACCUCGACUAUGACUACUGCCUUUUGCUGAGCUCACCCUCUCCCUCCCUGCACAUUACAUUCAGGUCUAGACCCACAUCUUAAUACUUAAACAAGUGGGAUGGGCAAUCCCAUUUUAAAGGACUUCACUAAUGGAGCAUGACAUGUUGUUAACGAUCACAACACCACUUUGGUACAGGGAUACGAUGUUAUCACUGCUUUCUUUUCUUUAAUUUCUUUCCUUUUUUUGUUUUUCUUUUUUCUUUCUUUCCUCUAACAGAAUUUCAGUGUUGCCAAGUUUUGAGUCUUAUUCAUACACUGAUCUCUUAACCACAGUUGUUUAUUCAUUGAUUCAUGAGGACUACACAGUGAGAGAAAUGAAAUGCCAUCCUGCAUCCACAACCGAUCAUCCUCCUGUACUGUUUCAGAUGAAAAA